GGUGGAACUCGUGACGGGAAAUGGGAAUGGCACCCAAGAAGGCAUGCUUCCUUGUAGAUUCCUGAGUGACAGCGAGGUUCCAUCAAACAAGGCAAACUACCUUCCUUGAGGAGGACGAACAAGUAGUUUACAUUCUUCCUGAAGAAGAAUGAAAAAAUGGAAUUCCCCUUGGGGUCCCUGGAAACGACCAACUUCCGUCGGUUCACUCCAGAGUCACUGGCAGAGAUUGAGAAGCGAAUUGCUGCCCAUCAGGCAGAAAAGAAAGUCAAAGACAAGCCUAGAGAGAAGAAGGACCAAGAAGAGAAGCCACGGCCCCAGCUGGACUUGAAAGCCUGCAACCAGCUGCCCAAGUUCUAUGGUGAGCUCUCAGCAGAACUGGUCGGGGAGCCCCUGGAGGAUCUAGACCCCUUCUACAGCACACACCGGACAUUUAUGGUGCUGAACAAAGGCAGGACCAUUUCCCGGUUUAGUGCCACUCGAGCCCUUUGGAUAUUCAGCCCCUUCAACCUGAUCAGAAGAACGGCCAUCAAAAUGUCUGUCCACUCGUGGUUCACUGUAUUUAUUACUGCCACCAUUGUGGUCAAUUGUGUGUGCAUGACCCGAACCGAUCUUCCAGAGAAAAUCGAGUACAUCUUCACGGUCAUUUACACCUUUGAAGCUUUGAUCAAGAUACUGGCAAGGGGAUUUUGUCUAAAUGAGUUCACUUACCUGCGAGAUCCUUGGAACUGGCUGGACUUUAGCGUCAUCACCCUGGCAUAUGUUGGUGCAGCAAUAGAUCUCCGAGGAAUCUCUGGCCUGAGGACGUUCAGAGUUCUUAGAGCUUUAAAAACAGUUUCUGUGAUCCCAGGGCUGAAGGUCAUUGUAGGAGCCCUGAUCCACUCGGUGAGGAAACUGGCUGAUGUGACCAUCCUCACCGUCUUCUGCCUGAGUGUCUUCGCCCUGGUGGGCCUGCAGCUCUUCAAGGGUAACCUCAAGAACAAGUGUGUCAGGAAUGACACAGCUCCAGAUGACACCUCUAAUUACUCAUCUCACAGAACACAUGUAUCGUAUGUUAUUAAGCCAGGCACUUCUGAUCCUUUACUGUGUGGCAAUGGAUCUGAUGCAGGCCACUGCCCUGUUGGUUCCAUCUGCCUUAAAACUUCUGAAAACCCAGAUUUUAACUAUACCAGCUUUGAUUCCUUUGCUUGGGCUUUCCUCUCACUGUUCCGCCUCAUGACACAGGAUUCCUGGGAACGCCUCUACCAGCAGACUCUCAGAGCUUCUGGGAAAAUUUAUAUGGUCUUUUUUGUGCUGGUCAUCUUCCUGGGAUCUUUCUACCUAGUCAACUUGAUCCUGGCUGUGGUCACCAUGGCGUACGAGGAACAGAACCAAGCAACAAUUGCUGAAAUUGAAGCAAAGGAGAAGAAGUUCCAGGAGGCCCUGGAGAUGCUCCGGAAGGAGCAGGAGGUGCUGACAGCACUGGGGAUUGACACAGCCUCUCUCCAUUCCCACAAUGGAUCACCUUUAGCCUCCAAAAAUGCCAGUGAGAGAAAGCACAGAAUGAAAUCAAGAGUGUCGGACUGCUCCACAGAUGACAACAGAUCACCCCAAUCUGAGACUUACAACCAGCGCAGGAUGUCUUUCCUAGGCCUUGCUUCUGGAAGGCGUCGGGCUAGCCAUGGCAGUGUGUUUCAUUUCCGAGCCCCUGGCCAAGAUGUCUCAUUCCACGAUGGGAUCACAGAUGAUGGAGUCUUUCAUGGAGACCAUGAGAGCCGACGGGGUUCUCUGCUGCUGAGCAAGGUUGUUGGACCGCCAGGCCCACUGUCUCAAACUCCCAGCCUUGGCUCUGGGCAUGGAGAAGAGGGACACCCAAUGCUGACCACUAGUGAGCUGGUCCCUGGAGCCACAGAAGUCCCGGCAUUCGAUGCAGGACAGAAGAAAACUUUAUUGUCAGCAGAAUAUUUGAAUGAACCUUUCAGAGUCCAAAGAGCAAUGAGUGUGGUCAGUAUCAUGACCUCUGUCAUCGAGGAACUUGAGGACUCUCAACAGCGGUGCCCACCCUGCUUGACCACUUUGGCUCAGAAGUAUCUGAUCUGGAAGUGCUGCCCGACAUGGGUGAAGCUCAAGACAGUGCUCUAUGAGCUGGUGACAGACCCCUUUGCAGAACUCGCCAUCACUUUCUGCAUCGUGGUGAACACAGUCUUCAUGGCCAUGGAGCAUCACGGCAUGAGCUCUGCCUUCGAAACCAUGCUCCACAUAGGCAACAUUGUCUUUACCAUAUUUUUUACUGCUGAAAUGGUCUUCAAGAUCAUUGCCUUCGACCCCUAUUAUUACUUCCAGAAGAGGUGGAAUAUCUUCGACUGUGUCAUCGUCACCGUGAGCCUGCUGGAGCUGAGCGUGGCCAAAAAGGGAAGCUUGUCUGUGCUGCGGACCUUCCGCUUGCUGCGGGUCUUCAAGCUGGCCAAGUCCUGGCCCACCUUGAACACGCUCAUCAAGAUCAUCGGGAACUCGGUGGGGGCGCUGGGGAACCUGACCAUCAUCCUCGCCAUCAUUGUCUUCAUCUUCGCUCUGGUUGGCAAGCAGCUGCUCGGGGAAGACUACGGGGCUCACCGUUCUGUUAUCGCUGUGCCAGGGGAUGAAUGGCCUCGCUGGCACAUGCAUGACUUCUUCCAUUCCUUCCUCAUUGUCUUCCGGAUCCUCUGUGGAGAGUGGAUCGAGAACAUGUGGGCCUGCAUGGAAGUCAGCCAGAAAUCCAUAUGCCUCAUCCUCUUCUUGACGGUCAUGGUGCUGGGAAACCUGGUGGUGCUCAACCUGUUCAUCGCCCUGCUGCUGAACUCUUUCAGUGCCGACAACCUCACUGCACCAGAGGAUGACGGGGAAGUGAACAACCUGCAGGUGGCCCUGGCACGGAUCCAGGCUUUUGGCCGUCGCACCAAGCAGGCACUUCGCGGCUUCUUCAGCAGGCCCUGCCUGCCCCGCUGGCCCAAGCCAGAGCCCCCGCUGUGGAUGAAACCCUCCAUCUCUAUCUCCAAAGCCGAGAACCACAUUGUUGCCGAUGCUACUUCUAUGAGGAGCCCUGGAGGGCUGCCAGCUCUCAGAGACCCCAGGGAGGACCACGGUGACUUCAUCACCAAUCCUAACGUGUGGGUCUCUGUGCCCAUUGCUGAGGGUGAAUCUGAUCUCGAUGACUUGGAGGAUGAUGGUGAGCAGGAUGCUCAGGGCUCCUGCCAGGAAGUGCUCCCCAAAGUACAGCAGGAGCAGCUGCAGCAAGUCGGGAGGUACGAGGACCACCUGGCACCUAGGAGCCCAGGCUCUGGUAUCUCCUCUGAGGACCUAACUCCAUAUGUGGGUGAGCAGUGGAAAGACACAGCUGCUCCUCAGGUUCCUGCAGAGGAAGUGGACGAUACAAGCUCCUCAGAGGGCAGCACUGUGGACUGCCCAGACCCCGAGGAGAUACUGAAGAAGAUCCCUGAGCUGGCAGAUGACCUGGAAGAACCAGAGGACUGCUUCACAGAAGGCUGCAUGCGACACUGUCCCUGCUGCAAAGUGGAUGCCACCAAGUUCCCGUGGGACAUGGGCUGGCAGCUGCGUAAGACCUGCUACCGCAUCGUGGAGCACAGCUGGUUUGAGAGCUUCAUCAUCUUCAUGAUCCUGCUUAGCAGUGGGUCUCUGGCCUUUGAAGAUUAUUACCUGGACCAGAAGCCCAAGGUGAAGGCUUUGCUGGAAUACUCUGACAGGGUGUUCACCUUUAUCUUUGUGUUUGAGAUGCUGCUCAAGUGGGUGGCCUAUGGCUUCAAGAAGUACUUCACCAACGCCUGGUGCUGGCUGGACUUCCUCAUUGUGAAUAUCUCACUGACGAGCCUCAUAGCGAAGAUCCUGGAAUAUUCUGAUAUGGAAUCCAUCAAAGCCCUUCGGACCCUCCGUGCCCUGCGACCACUGCGGGCUCUGUCGCGUUUCGAAGGCAUGCGGGUGGUGGUCGAUGCCUUGGUGGGCGCCAUCCCAUCCAUUAUGAAUGUCCUCCUGGUCUGCCUCAUCUUCUGGCUCAUCUUCAGCAUCAUGGGAGUGAACCUCUUCGCAGGGAAGUUUUGGAGGUGCAUCAACAAUACCAACAAAGACUUUUCUCUUGUGCAUUGGUCAAUUGUGAAUAACAUUUCUGAUUGUCAGAAUCAAAACAACAGUGACAACUUUUUCUGGGUCAACGUGAAAGUCAACUUUGACAAUGUUGCAAUGGGUUACCUCGCACUUCUUCAGGUGGCAACUUUUAAAGGCUGGAUGGACAUCAUGUAUGCGGCUGUUGAUUCCCGAGAGGUCGACAUUCAGCCCAAGUGGGAGGACAACGUGUACAUGUACUUGUACUUCGUCAUCUUCAUCAUUUUUGGUGGCUUCUUCACACUGAAUCUCUUUGUUGGGGUCAUAAUUGACAACUUCAAUCAACAGAAAAAAAAGUUAGGGGGCCAGGACAUCUUCAUGACAGAGGAACAGAAGAAAUACUACAAUGCCAUGAAGAAGUUGGGCUCCAAGAAGCCCCAGAAGCCCAUCCCACGGCCCCUGAACAGGUACCAGGGAUUCAUCUUUGAUGUCGUGACCAGGCAAGCCUUUGACAUUGCCAUUAUGGUCCUCAUUUGCCUCAACAUGAUCACCAUGAUGGUGGAGACAGAUGAGCAGAGCGAAGAAAAGACCAAAAUCCUCGGCAAAAUCAAUCAGUUCUUCGUGGCUGUCUUCACGGGCGAGUGCGUCUUGAAGAUGUUCGCCUUGAGGCAAUACUAUUUCACCAACGGCUGGAAUGUGUUUGACUUCAUUGUCGUGAUCCUCUCCAUCGGGAGUCUAGUGUUUUCUGCGAUUCUUACAUCACUAGAAAAUUACUUCUCUCCCACACUCUUCCGAGUCAUCCGCCUGGCCCGAAUCGGUCGCAUCCUCAGACUGAUCCGAGCAGCCAAGGGGAUCCGCACGCUGCUCUUUGCCCUCAUGAUGUCCCUGCCUGCCCUCUUCAACAUCGGGCUGCUGCUCUUCCUCGUCAUGUUCAUCUACUCCAUCUUCGGCAUGUCCAGCUUUGCUUACGUCAAGUGGGAGGCCGGGAUCGAUGACAUGUUCAACUUCCAGACCUUCGCCAACAGCAUGCUGUGCCUCUUCCAGAUCACCACGUCAGCCGGCUGGGAUGGCCUCCUCAGCCCCAUCCUCAACACAGAGCCCCCCUACUGCGACCCCAAUCUGCCCAAUGGCAAUAGCACGAGAGGAGACUGUGGGAACCCAGCCGUGGGCAUCGUCUUCUUCACCACCUACAUCAUCAUCUCCUUCCUCAUCGUGGUCAACAUGUACAUUGCAGUGAUUCUGGAGAACUUCAAUGUAGCCACAGAGGAGAGCACAGAGCCCCUGAGUGAGGACGAUUUCGACAUGUUCUAUGAGACCUGGGAGAAAUUCGACCCGGAAGCCACCCAGUUCAUUACCUUUUCUGCCCUCUCAGACUUUGCAGACACUCUCUCAGGCCCCUUGAGAAUCCCAAAACCCAAUCAGAAAAUAUUAAUCCAGAUGGACAUGCCCUUGGUCCCUGGAGAUAAGAUCCACUGUUUGGACAUCCUCUUUGCCUUCACCAAGAACGUGCUGGGAGAAUCUGGAGAGUUGGAUUCACUAAAGGCAAACAUGGAGGAGAAGUUUAUGGCAACUAAUCUUUCAAAAGCGUCCUAUGAGCCAAUAGCAACCACCCUCCGGUGGAAACAAGAAGACAUUUCAGCCACUGUCAUUCAAAAAGCUUAUCGGAGUUAUGUGCUCUAUCGCUCCUUGACACUCUCCAACCCCUCUGGAGUGCCCAGGACUGAAGAGGAGGCUUUGUCACACCCAGAUGAAGGCUUUGUGGAAUUUAUGGCAAAUGAGAAUUGUGUCCUUCCAGACAAAUUUGAAACUGCAUCUGCCACAUCUUUCCCGCCAUCCUAUGACAGCGUCACUAGAGGCCUCAGUGACAGAGUCAACAUGAGCACAUCCAGCUCAAUGAAAAAUGAAGAUGAAGCCACCAGUAAGGAGGUGACUGCACCUGACCCUGAGUGAGGAUACUCCAGCUGGGCAUGUCCAGCUCUGAUGUGUUCCUUGGCUGCCAUAACUUUCCCACGACAGAUGGCCCCCAGCUACAGCCUCACCAAUGCAUGUCACUGGUCACAAUGUCAGAACUGGCAGGGAAUGUAGCUGGUGCCUACCUUUGAAAAUGUCUCCGUACAACCAUAGUCCAGAAGCCAAGAGUAUCUCUACUUUGACUUUACUUCUGAAUUUCAAUAUCCAAUGAUGGGGUUCUCUUACUGUCAGGAAAAUGUCACUGGUCUAUUUAUUUUAGUUGUGACCAGGGAUUUUAUCUACCUAGACAAAUUUCUCAGGACCAGAACUUUCAAAGAUAUGGCAAGGGCACUGCUGAAGGUCUAAGGUUGCCUUCCUGCAAAUACCACAUAGAGAUGUGCAGUUAUUUAGGAUUUUUGCAUGAUUGCAUGUUGAGAGCUGCUGGACAACUUCUCCAACCCAGACUAACACCUGUGGUCUAUGCCAUGAAAUACCUUUGAGAUCUCUAAUUAAAACUAAUAUUUUUAAAAGUA